AUGUUGGCGCUGGACUGGCUUCUGCGCAAAUCUCUGGGUGGCAGCCUCUACUGGAUCCAGGAGCACUUCUACGAGUUGGGCAACCGGACCAACAUCUGGCUGUUGUGUGGCUUGCAGCAUGACGUGGUGAUCGACAUGGGGCUGGGGCUGUGCAGCCUCUUGACUACCUCCACCUCCUGUGAAAACAGCAGGUUCGGUGAUCCUCUAGCAUGGACCGAGCUCCAUGGUGCCUACAUCCCCGCUUGUGUGCCUCUGCCCGGGUGCUGCUUCGGGGAUCCCCCAGUUGGGGAUGUGAUCAGCCUUGGAGACCGACAGCUUACUGUCAUGCACAUGCCUGGUCAUUCAAGAGGCAGUAUUUGCUUACAUGACAAAGACCGGAAGAUUUUGUUCAGCGGAGAUGUGGUGUACGAUGGAUCCAUGAUUGACUGGCUUCCCUACAGCAGAGUAAGUGACUACGUUGUAAGCUGCCAGCGCCUCAUGGAGUUAGUGGACAGAGGUCUCGUGGAGAAGGUACUGCCUGGGCACUUUAACAUAUUUGGGGCAGAAAGGCUAUAUCGUUUAGCUUCCAACUACAUUUCGCAAGCUGGAGUUUGUCACAAGGUUUCUACUUGUGCCAUGAGAUCCAUUGCGAGCAUAGCACUUCGCGUUACGAAUUCCAGAGUCACUUCUUAG